AUGUCCCGCCCCCGCCUCCGCCACUGCUCCUGCUUCACCACGCCCAUGUCCCGCAUCCGCCUCCGCCGCCGCCUCUCCUCUUCCACCUCACGACCCACACCCUCCUGGUCUCCCCGCGCCGCCUUUGCCGCGGCCACGGAGCGCGUCCGCGACGGAACGCUCAGCCCGCAAGACGCACACCACCUGUUCGACGAAUUGUUUCAGCAGGCCACCCCGGUCCCCGACCGCCCCCUCAACGGAUUCCUUGCCGCCCUCACCCGUGCCACGCCCUCCGAGGCCUGCAGAGACGGCCCUGCUCUCGCCCUCUCCCUCUUCAACCGUGUCUACCGAGAAGAAGCCGGCAUGCGGGUGGCGCCGCCGACCAUCUUCACCUACGGCGUCCUCAUGAACUGCUGCUGCCGCAUGCGUCGUCCGGAACUUGGGCUCGCCUUCUUCGGCCGCCUCCUAAGGACGGGCCUGAAGGCAGACAAGAUCGUCACCAACACUGUCCUCAAGUGCCUGUGCUGCGCUAAACGGGCAGACGACGCUGUGAAAGUGCUGCUUCAUACGAUGACCGAGCUGGGGUGUGUGCCUGAUGCCUUCUCAUACGCCAUUGUCCUGAAGAGCUUAUGUGAUGAUAACAGGAGCCAGCAGGCGCUCUACCUGCUCCGGAUGAUGGCGAAAGAAGAAGGUGUGUGCUCCCCUGACGUGGUCACAUAUAACACCGUCAUUCAUGGCUUCUUUAAGGAAGGAAAAAUAGGCAAGGCCUGCAAUCUAUUCCAUGAAAUGACGAAGCAAGGGUUUGUGCCUAAUGUGGUGACAUAUAACUCGGUUAUCAAUGCAUUGUGCAAGGCCCGAGCAAUGGACAAUGCAGAGUUGUUCCUUCGGCAGAUGGUUGAUAACGGCGUUCAACCGAAUAAAGUGACAUAUACUAGCAUGAUCCAUGGAUAUUCCACUUUGGGCCAGUGGAAAGAGGCGACUAAACUGUUCAGAGAAAUGACAAGCAGUGGUCUUAUACCAGAUAUUGUCACUUGGAACUCGUUCAUUGACUCCCUUUGCAAGCAUGGAAGGAGCAAAGAAGCUGCAGAAAUUUUUCAUUCCAUGUCUGCAAAGGGCCACAAGCCUGAUAUCAUCUCCUACACCACUCUUCUUCAUGGGUAUGCCAAUGAAGGAAGCUUUCCUGAUAUGAUGAGUCUCUUUAAGUCAAUGGAAGGCGACGGUACUGUAGCCAACUGCCAAUUUUUCAACAUAUUAAUUGAUGCAUAUGCUAAACGAGGAAUGAUGGACGAAGCUAUGCUCAUAUUUACUGAAAUGCCAGGACAAGGAGUCAAUCCAAAUGUAGUCACCUAUUCAACUUUGAUAGCUUCACUUUGCAGAAUGGGUAGGCUGGCUGAUGCAAUGAAUAAGUUCAGUGAGAUGAUUGGUACGGGAGUACAACCGAACACAGUUGUUUAUCACUCCCUAGUUCAGGGCUUAUGUACACAUGGUGAUUUGGUGAAAGCGAAGGAGUUGAUUUCUGAAAUGAUGAAUAAAGGUAUUCCUCGUCCAAACAUUGCAUUCUUCAGUUCAAUAGUACACAGUCUAUGCAAAGAAGGAAGGGUUAUGGAUGCACACCAUAUCUUUGACUUGGUUAAAGACAUAGGGGAGAGAUCUGACAUCAUUAUGUUUAAUACGCUGAUUGAUGGAUAUUGCCUAGUCGGUGAGAUGGGCAAAGCAGUCAGUGUACUAGAUGUCAUGAUAUCAGCCGGCAUUGAGCCUGAUAUCUUUACAUAUAAUACACUUGUCAAUGGUUAUUUUAAGAGUGGAAGGAUCGAUGAUGGGUUGAAUCUGUUCAGAGAAAUGUCACAUAAGAAAAUUAAACCUACAACUGUUACAUAUAACAUCAUACUGGAUGGAUUAUUUCGUGCUGGGAGAACCGUUGCUGCCAAGAAAAUGCUCCAUGAGUUGAUCGGAUGUGGAACAACAGUGAGCUUGUCCACAUACAACAUAAUUCUUAAAGGACUUUGUAGAAAUAAUUGCACCGACGAAGCAAUCGUCAUGUUCCAGAAAUUACACACAAUUAAUGUAAAGUUCAAUAUCACAACACUCAAUACCAUGAUUAAUUCAAUGUACACUGUUCAGAGAAGAGAAGAAGCUAAAGAUUUGUUUGCUGCAAUAUCAGACAGCGGGUUGGUGCCCAAUGCCUCUACAUACGGCAUAAUGAUACGAAAUCUUCUAAAAGAAGGAUCAGUGGAAGAAGCUGACAGUAUGUUCUUAUCAAUGGAGAGGAGUGGUUGUGCUCCUUGCUCUCGUCUUUUAAAUGAUACUAUUAGAACGUUAUUGGAGAAGGGGGAGAUAGUCAAGGCCGGAAAUUAUAUGUCUAAAGUUGAUGGCAAGAGCAUCUCACUUGAAGCUUCAACUUGUUCAUUGUUGUUGUCUCUGUUUUCUGGGAAAGGUAAAUAUCGUGAACAAAUACAAUUGCUCCCUGUAAAAUACCAAUUCUUCGGUGGAGUUAGUUGA